UAGGCCGUGCCUGGUGACGUCACGGCUAUCAGCUGUUGGAGCUCCACAACAACAACAAAGGAGAAUCAGUCCGCGGAGGAAACUUCACCUUUUUAUACUUGAACAUCAUUUUAUUUCUUCCGAGAAGAAACAUCCGGGUUUUCUAUUGGUCCUGAAGAACCGCGUCUACCUCAGAUUCAGGGUGUGAAGCGGACUCCGUGUUCUUCUUCUGCGGCAGCAGGGUUUUAGAUUUUUCGACUCGUUGACUCGACCUUGGCGCUAAGCGAUGUCCAUCCUGCGUCUGCUGACCCUCAGAUGAUCCCUGACCACACGCUGUUGAUGCACUUUACCUUUCCGGAGCCUUCCUGCUGCCGUGAAUCCCGCAGCUGAUGACCAAAGUGCCCGCCACGCCUCCCCGCCAUCGCCCCGUGCCGCGUGCCCCCCCCAACCCCUCCCUCAUCCUCUCGCCCCUGCAGGACGUCCAGGCGGGAUGUUUCAGAGGUUCACCAGCGCUCUGUUCGGGGACGAGGAGCUGAGCCGAAGCAGCGAACCUGGAGACAGCAAAGAGGAGGAAGAGGAGGAGGAGGACUGGAUCCUGGUCAACUACCUGGCUGAAGCCUGCUCCGCUCAGCGUGCUGACGGCCUCUCUGGAUCCUCUGGUGCUCGUGAAGAGGAGGAGGAGGAGGAGGAGGAAGACGAUCUGGUGAUGAUUCCCUCUCCGAUGGCCAGCCCCCCCAUUCGCUACGCCUCCUGCACCUCCCUCAACUCCACGACCGACACUGACCCGGAUGGCGGAGCCGAGGAGGAUGAAGAGGACGGGGACGAAGAAGAGGGCGGCUUCCAGCGCCUGGACGCCUGCUCUCUGGAGGAGAGUUGGUUUGUCACCCCCCCGCCCUGCUUCACCGGCCGCAGGAGCCAGCCCGUCCUCCUGGAGACCAGCCCUCUGGAGAACCUGCUGAUCGAACACCCCAGCAUGUCCGUCUACACCCACCACAGCCCCCCCCGACUGACCAUCGACCCCCUGCCGCGCUCACUGGACCGGGAGCUGGACUUUUUGUCCGGCAGCGUGCCCGCGCCCCCGACCGCCUCAGGUGGGAAGGAGAAGGCGAGACGCACGCUGGACGGCCCCCGCCACAGGCCAGAGGUGGCGAUUGUCCCGCGUCGCUCCAGCCUCCACUCCGCGUGCUACGCCGCAGCGCUCUCCGCCCGCUCCGGCCUCGUGCAGCAGCGUUCGGGCGGCGCCACCCAACGCACCCAGCUGCUGUCCCGCAACGCCCUGCGACGCCUCAACCUGCUGCGCCCCCCCAAGACCAGCUCCAUGCACCUGCACCAGCCGUGCCAGAGACACCUCAACUUCUGAGGCCAGGGCGACCUUCAUCCCCAUCCCCAUCAUCAUCAUCCUCCUCCAGCCUUUCAGCAGUGUGGAAACUCAACCCACACACAUCUCACCAGCAGCGAAUCAUCAGCCCUCACUUACACACAUCUGUUCCAGAAUCUGAUUGGACGGUGAAAAAGGGAAACUGGCUGGUGAUGUCUCCUCUUUUUAUCAAUUAAUGUAGCACCUCCUGCUCCUCAUCCUCCUCCUCUUCAUCCGUCCAUCCUGUGAAAGAAAGGGUCAUGUGUUCCCACCUCACGUUCUUUGUGGCCAAUCACAAUGAGUGGGCGUUGUCACGGGGACGUCCUCCUCCUCCUCCUCCUCUUCGUCUUCUCCUUCUCCUCCUUGUUCUUUAAGGACAAUUUAAUGUGUAGAGUCGAUGCUGUGGGUCACUUUACUCAGCGGCAGGUUCACAGCGCGGCGGAGGGUAAAUCCAGCGAGGCUCCGUCGGGCAUCUCUCUGGGCAACUUGAGGUUUCAGACCCGGCAUCACCUGAACCUGUGCCCUUUAAUCAGCGCGGGGGGGGGGGGUCAGGCCUCCAGAAGAGUUGCCCAAAAGGUUUCUAGUGUUGACACGUUGAACACAGCGCUCGGGUUACAGUCAGUGAAAAGAGGCUAAAACACAACUUUAAAGGGAAAGUCUCCUCCAAUAGUCUGGACACUGGGACACUUCCUGUCAUCUCAUCCAGUCGAGCAUGAAAGUAAACGCCCACUUUUUCAUCCUGGAACUGGAGAUGAAUCGUUAUCACAUAAUAUUCUUUAAUUUAGAGAAAAAAACAAAUAUUAGAAAACGGGAAAAAACAGCCUUCUGACAACUUUCAGUGCCUCUUCUUGAAAACCUGUUUUGCUGUUUUGCUUCAUGUUUAGCUUUCAGUCCGACCUGCAGCAAACAUUUAGUGAAUCACUGCUUGUUUAAAUACGGAACUGAAGUGGACCGGGCGUGAACCUGCUGCGUUCUAACCUUUACUGUCCGUGUUCUGUCGUGUGUAGAGAGACGCCGUCCCUCCCGGAACCUGACUGAAUCAUCGUCAUCUCGUGACGUAAUAAAUGUAAAACUCGUCACCACAGUGUUUCUCAAAGUUUUCGAUCUUUUGUGGAGAUUUUUCUUUUGAAGUCCCUGAUUCGUUUGCCUCGUGUGGAUCCUGCAGCGUCGCCCUGAACCUCUCGUCCUGCGGCGCCGCUCGAACCUGCCUCUGACUUUGUAAUUCAGUAGUUUUCACAAUAUCUUUUUGAUAGAAGAAAAAAAAGACGGUAAAAUUUACUGGGUUAAAUAUCACUAAACGCCUUGUUUUAACGGUAGCUUUCAGAUGAAUAGAAAUAUAAAAAAAAUGUAUUUAAAAAAACUUCCAAAAUAUUUUUUGAAAAGAAAAAAACAGAUUACAUAUCAGUAUGAAGUUGGUUUGUAUGUGUCCAUGUGUGUUUGGUUACGUUCAUGUGUUGCAUGGUUGUAGAGUUGUGUCAGUGUCAUGACGGCUGAAAAAGAAAAUGGAAAAAGAUGAUUAGUUCUUUUGCUCUUAAAUGAAUCUGCAGUUCACUUCUCAGGGUCACAACCAAUCACUUACACUUAAGGAAAAUGCAGAUUUACUUGACAGCUGAUCUUUUUUGUGUGCUCACACUUUUCCCCUCGCGGAAGUUUUGACUUUUAAUUUGGUGUCUCGGAAACGAAUCCUGGUCCCAGGACUGUGAAGGUGACGCUUGAUGCUCAGUUGGAAAUCCAUCGAGAUGGAGAGAAACGUGUUUGUCUUUAUAUAUCUAUAGAUAUAUAGAUUGCUCAAGUGUACCUAUAACAUAGUUUUAGAAAUGUAUUUUAAUGCUUUUUAUUUGUUCUAUUUUCCAUUAUAACUUAGUUACAUUUUCAUAAACUGUUAAAAUAUUUAAACCAAAAAGUAGCAGUGACCUUUAACCUUUCACUAGUUGAUCAUACUGAUGUUCUUUUGUGUUUUUUGUUCUUUAGUUGUUUAUCUUGUAAUUGUUAACAGCUCUUGGUCUCGUGGCUCUGAAUCAGUGGCGGAGCGGUUUGAGUGUCCGCUGUAGGGAAAGUGGAGCCCGGGCCGAGUGGCCACACUGCAGCUGGACAGAGGGACCGUUAGGAACGACCACACUGAACAUGAACACGUCGAGAGACAAAUAAUGAGACACUGAUUCAGACACAUUCAAAAAGUUUGACUUAUGUCAUAAUAACGACUUCCUGUCAAACUACAAACACAAAUACAUUAUUCAACACUUAUUUUGAAUCAUUUGUGGAAGUAAUGGACUGAGUCUCACAUCGUUGGUGCUCUUGAAUCCGACCUGUCAUCUCUCGUGUCGUCUCAAACAUGAGAGAAAAAACUAAAUGUUGAUGUUGGACUUUGGGGAAUUGAUCCACUUCCCUGUGCUGUGUGAUUUUGGGAUCAGUUAAGAUCCAGUUUCUCGUGACGGAGACGUUUUUGCAGUGUGGCAGCUGAAUGUCUGAAUCUGGCGGCCGACCUCGGCUGAUGGGACGGUAGCGUUAAUAACAAAGCACUAACACGCGCUUGUUAGGCGUCUGUAUGGUUCGCUGUAAAUAAUCGUAACGAUAGUGGAGUGGUUCUUUCUCUGGUGUGUUGGAGCUUUUCUUUUCUCGAAUGUCUCCCUCUGUUAUCGAGCUUUGCAAUCAUGGACGAUGUCAUUUUGUGUUUCUGUUGUUUUUGAAACAGACAAACUUUACGACAGAAGGGAUCGGAGGAGACAGCGAUCUGUCGGGAGCCUUUAAGAUUUGACUUGUAGUUUCUGUUCUCGCCAUCAUCAAACUAACAGGGAUUUGUGAUGUUUUUCUUUUUGUUUGAUGCCUUGAACUUUGUGGAUCAUGUGCCUUCCAGGUUGAAAUGUUGUAAUGACAAUGCAUCAAUGAAGAACUUGAACUCUCUUUUUUUUAUAUACAGACACACAAACAGACGUCAGAAACCAACUAUGCACCACUCGGGGGGGGGGGAAGCUCGUUCGCCCAGUGUACGUCUUUUAUAAUGACUCAACAAACCAGACCGAUGAUGUAGCAAAACCUCCUUUCUCCUCUCGUUUAUUUAAAGAAAAGUGUGAAGAAUAUUUUGUGGCAUUUUUUUUUCACCCAGUGUUAGACAAUUGUUUUGCUUUUUUUUUGUGUAGUUUACUGGAAUAAUACAGCACUUUGCCAAAAACAAAAAAAAGGUUUAGGAAUUUUAGGUUAACGUUUUAUUUAUCUACAUAUCUGUUCUCCUUUUUUUUGAUGUAUGAAUGAUGGAUUCUCUGAUGUCAGAAACAAAAAAAAGAAUGCUAAUUGAAGAGCGGGGUCAUCUGUUUUUGAACUGUAAUAGUUAACACAUGUGAUCUCUUAUUAGCCCAUAAUAAAUGUUUUCAUACACAGCU